UUGCAUACGUGUUCCAGCAAGCUGAAAUUAGCUUCUCUGUUGGCAGAAAGAUUUCUGUUUGGGUAAAGUGGUUCAACUUAAAAGCAGGUUGAGUUUUUUAUAGGGAGAGAAACAAAAGUGUGGUUUCCUCUGGACAUUGCUCUGCGAGUCAUACGUUGUAUGACGCAGUGUUUUUCUCUGGAAGUGCAAUUGCUGGAGCUGAUGAGUGUUUCAUGGACCUCGAGAGUCACCCUUUGUGUUGGAUACAGCUAAAUGCUUAACCAGGCAGUUAUGGAAGUUUGUUUGAAAGAUGGACUGGCAAUUCUACAAGGAAGAAGAAUGCCAACAUGAAUAUGAAGUGAACUGUUUGCUGCGCUCGCCACAGCACCUGGGUGCUCACAUCAAAUGGUCAGAGACAGGGACUUGUCUCCUGCCAAACUGCUUCCUUGGACAAGAUGAAGCCAAGGAGGAGCCUUCUGAUGUGCUGGAGCGGCAGUGACUGCUGCCCACUUUAAAAUCGAUGUAAGACUGUGCUCCGGCUGCCUGGCAGGAUGAAAGAAGUGGUGUCGUGGUCACCUGAGGAGGUGACAAAUUGGCUCAUGGAAAAUGCUGUGCCGGAGUACUGUGAGCCAUUGAAAAGCUUCACCGGGCAGGAUUUGAUCAACCUGACGGAGGAGGAUUUCAAGAAGACGCCUCUCUCCCGAGUGUCGUCCGACAGUGGCCAGCAGCUCUUGCACAUGAUCGAGGCUUUAAAAAUGGCUCAUCACAUAGAGGCUCACAAAAAUGGGCAUGUCAACGGGCACAUCCGUGUCAGUGUUAACAGCACCGCACAUGAAAAUGGCUUGAGUAGUAAAACAAAGUUGAAUGGAGUGCCAAAUGGUUAUAAGAAGGAGAUGAUAAAGAUCCCCAUGCCAGAGCCAGAGCGCUUGCAGUAUCCCAUGGAAUGGGGCAAAACUCUCCUGGCUUUUAUUUAUGCACUUUUUUGUUUCAUCUUUACCACAGUGACUAUCUCAGUUGUUCACGAACGAGUGCCUCCCAAGGAGGUGCAGCCUCCCCUACCAGAUGCAUUUUUUGAUCGUUUUGAUCGGGUGCAAUGGGCCUUUUCUAUUUGUGAAAUUAACGGCAUGAUCCUUGUAGGACUGUGGUUUGUUCAGUGGCUGCUGUUAAAAUACAAGUCUAUAAUUGGCAGAAGGUUUUUUUGUAUAGUUGGCACACUAUAUCUGUAUCGGUGUAUUACAAUGUAUGUAACUACACUCCCAGUACCUGGAAUGCAUUUCAAGUGUUCUCCAAAGCUUUUUGGAGACUGGGAAUCUCACCUGCGAAGGAUAAUGAAGCUGAUAGCUGGCGGAGGAUUGUCCAUCACAGGAUCCCACAACAUGUGCGGCGACUAUCUGUACAGCGGGCACACCGUCAUAUUAACUCUCACAUACUUAUUUAUCAAAGAGUAUUCCCCACGGCGACUCUGGUGGUAUCACUGGCUUUGCUGGAUGCUCAGCAUGGCUGGGAUGUUCUGCAUCCUCCUUGCUCAUGACCACUACACUGUGGACGUGGUGGUGGCUUACUACAUCACUACAAGACUUUUCUGGUGGUAUCACACAAUGGCCAACCAGCAAGUGCUAAAAGAAGCUUCCCAAACCAACCUCCUUGCAAGAGUCUGGUGGUACAAGCCUUUCCAGUACUUUGAAAAGAAUGUCCAAGGAAUUGUACCUCGCUCCUACCACUGGCCCUUCCCCUGGCCAGUGCUGCACCGGGGCAGGCAGGUGAAAUACAGCCGGCUGGUGAAUGACACAUAGCAGCGUGUUGGUGGACAGAGGGGGAAAGGGCCCGUCCCAAGUGCUAAGAACUCCAUGCAAGAAGAUGCCAUAAAAAAACAACAAAGCAACCCCAACCCCUCCCUAACCCUUUCUUUUAACAGCUCCCUUGACUUAACCUAUUCAGUUACCUGGUAAGCACUGUGAUCUUUUUUUUCUCUCCAAAGGAUCUGCGUUGGACAACAAUAAAGAGAAUUUAACUUAUCAUGCACUGUUAUACAUUUCUUGUUAAUAGAUUUGGGAUUUCCAUUACCCAUCACCGUGUUCCUUUGUAUAUGAUGCGACAGCAUAAAUGAAAGCUUUUAUACCAUAAGUUCUGGUCUUUCCAGUCACGUCUGGGAAUAAUGCGUAUUAUUUUCUUGGGAAAACAUACUUUUCAUAUCUCUUGCCCCAAAGAUUGGGCUGUAAGCCAUUUUCUAGCUAAUGACUCUAUGAAGGUUUCUGAUACCUGCCUCGGGUAAAUCGAGAAAUCUUUCUACCUGUUGCACCGCGAUACAAGCGAGAUGAUAGACACAGGAAGGUUUGCUAAUCUUGGUUUUGUAGAAUCUGCAGUGACUGUGUCAAAAAGUGCAAAAAAAAAAAAAAAAAAAAAAAAAAAAAAAAAAAAAGUUGUAAAGUGAUUUUAUAAGUAUUUCCUAACUUUAUUUUUCAAAAUGUGUAUGAAAAUUAAAUUUGAAAAGAUUUUUACAUGUCGAAGAAUAGAGAGUUAAAAUUUAAAGAAAAUGCUUCUUGGGAGAGAGAGAUUUGUCUAUGUAUCUAGUGCCUUUCCUGUCUUGAUUGUAUGGUCAGUAGGCAGUCUUAAAUGUCUUUAUUUAAAAUAAAGUAUUCCAUGAAAGCAGAAAUAUAUAUACUGUAUAAUUACUAAUUUUUGCAUUUAUAGCUAAAUUAAACUGGAAAUUUGCUUAUAAUGUUGAAAUUGCCAUGGGUAGGGAUAAACCAAAAAAGAAGGGUCAGAUCUUGUUCACACAUUGUGAGCAGAUCGUACUAAAAGAAAUCACUUUAUUGUCUACUUGGUAGCUGUGUUUUAAUAUGAAAACAGCCAUGAAUUCCUGUUUUUUAAGAAUUUUACAAAUGAUCACUGAGUGAACUACAAAUGGUUUCUCCAUCCCAUAUUGAGCUGUUGUUGGAAAAACAACAAAGAUAAUCUAUUUCUUUAAAAUAUUUGUGCAGAAACUGCAUGUAACUAUAAGUUUCACUCCUACCAUACAUACUGUAUGUCUGGGGAAGUAUUCUAUCCUAAACUUGCCAAUGUGCAGAACAAAAUAGUUUUUUUUAAAGAAUGAAGAAGAGAAAAAAAAUAUAUGAAUAUAUAUAUAUAUAUACAUUCUGUAUUUUACGUGAAGCAGAGUUAUCUUCUGUAGGGUUUUUGUGUAUUCACAAGGUGAUAUUUGUAUUGUAAAACAACAAUGGUGAAGGAAAAUAAAAAGGCUUUUGAAAAAUGUA